AUGCACGUGGGCACCAAGCUAGGCCCGUCCGGAGAAGAUGAUUAUACGGAUGUGAACUAUUUCAAAAGGGGAAUGAAGGAGGAGGAGGAGGAGGAGGAGGAGGAGGAGGAGGAGGAGGAGGAGGAGGAGGAGGAGGAGGAGGAGGAGGAGGAGGAGGAGGAGGAGGAGGAGGAGGAGGAGGUGGAGGAGGAGGAGGACGAGGAGGAGGAGGGGGAGCCCUGA